GCAAUAUAAUGUUUCGUCGUUAGAAAUGGCGACGCCUUCCGUCAUUUGAUAAGUCGCACACUCAGUUUUAAUAUAUUGCUUUUUUGAUACUUUAGAACGUGAUAUUUUGUCACUGUAGUUAGUUCAUGAUGUAAUUUCAUGCUGAAGGUCAAUAGCGCCGUGAUGACAGUGUCCUGAUGGUGAACUUUCAAAUUAAUUAUUUGUAACUGCAAUGUUUUAAAAUAAAACUUGCAUGCAAUUAUAUGUGCGGCUGUUUUGUUUACAUGAUAUCAGUGCUUGCAUUUUCAGUAAUGUUCAUAUUGUUCAUUUGAUGCUCAGAAGUUGUAUCAACUGAAAGAACUUUCAUAUCAUGAGAUGACAUAGAUUUAGUUUUCUUUUAAAUUCUUUUGAAUGCUGUUUGUUUUGAUAAUGAAAAUUGUCCAAUGCUGUUUUAAAACUUUGCUAUGAUGACUUCAUUUUCCUUGAAGAGGAUUUAGUUUGUUUUGGAUUUCUUUUCUGUGGUGCCUCCAAAAAAAAGAAAGAAAGAAAGUUUAGUUACUGAUAUUCUUUUUUAUUUAAUAAAAGUAAUCUAAAAAAAAAAUAUUAUGUCAGAAAUAUAAUUGACACCUAAGCAUUCUAAAUGUUCAAAACUUUGAUUGAUAAUUCGAACAUGUAACCAUUUUUAUUCACCUCUAGGGAUGAGCAUGGAAAAGUAUACUGUGGACAUUGAUAAAGUUUUAGAUGAUUUUGAAGAGACAGAAGCUUUAAAGAACCUUGAAAGACUUGUUUAUCAAGAAGAAGCAGUCUCCAAGUGUGUAGUAUCUAAUAAUUUCAUAAGCAAUUGUAAAGCUAAUUCAACAGAAAAUAUCCUGAAGGAAGAAAAAAGAUCUGAUUUUGAGGAAAUUGCCUUUGAUUCUGCUCAGAUCACUCAUGAUGAUCGGUUUCCCCAGAAAUUUCUAAAUGAUGAAACUUUCACGAUAGAUUCAUGUGAGAAAUUGAAUAGAUGUUUAACAUUUGAUGUACAUAUUCCUAAGGGCUUAAACUCCACUGAUGUACAUGAUUCUAAUACAUUAGAAGAUUUAAACAAUAAAUCAUGUUUGAUUAAUAGUGAUCAAACUUCAAAGCUCUAUGAUUAUGAAAUAUUUUACAAAGACUUUGCAUCUUCUGAUUAUAUACAGCACAACUCAAAUGUAAAUCUAGAUCCGUCAUCAAAUGCUCAAAACUUAAAUUCAAGAGAAAAUGAAAACAGUUCGCAAGAAGAAAUUCUAUGUAUUUCUAUGCUCAAAAGAAGUAUAGUAAGAAACACUUCUGAGUUAGAAGUUAAUACUGCCAUAUCAUCAGAUAGUUUUGUAAGAAUACAGAAUGAUUUAGUUGUAGAUACUGCUUCUUUAAAAUAUGGGAAAAAUUUCUUAGAUUUUGGUAAUAUUCAGAACUGUACAGAAGCUAAAGUUUCAGAAAAUGAAUUCAUUGAUAAAUGUAAUGACAAGUAUGAUGUUGAUCUCAUUUCUUCAGUGCAACAAGAAAAAUGUGUCAAUAUUAUUAGUCCGGAACAAAACAUUGUAAGCAUUAAAAAUUGUGCAAAUAUGAUAGCUAUUGAAAAUGGAUUAACAGGAAAUGAUAGUAAAAGUAACAGUGAUGCAUUAACUUCAUUUUUAACUGUAAAAGAAAUAUGUGCUAAAGAAACACCCACUGACUCUUCACUGCUACUAAGCUCUGACAAUGUAGAAGCUUCAAAUGUUUACCCAAGUGACGAAAUAAGCAGUUCAGAGUGUAGUGUUCAGGUUAAUAUAUCUUCUGUUUCUAAUUCUGAAUUAGAUGCUGAAGUUAAACUAGUAAAUGAUCAGUUUUUCGAUCAAAAUAUUUACAUUGAAGAUCCAUCUGAUGAUGAAUUCGAACAGGAUUCUGGUGUAAGUUCUCAAGAAGAUAUUAGUGGUAAUAGUCCUACAGAAUUAAAUACUGAAGCUGCAACCUCAGGAAGUGCAAGCAAUUCUCCAGAACUUGAGUAUGUUGAGGAAGAAGAGCCUUUAAUGGAAAAUAAUGACAGUAACAUUGUUAAUAUUUCUAAAUCAAACGAAGUAACUGAAAUGAAUUUCAACACCCUUAUAUCUUCAGAAAGUUCAGGAAACAAUACUAAUUUCAUGCCAGCCAAUGAGUGCUGUUUUGAAAAAAAUACAAAUGAUCAAAUACCUGAAAAUGUAACAGGUGCAAGACCUAAACUUGAAAAUUUUGAUAAGACACAAAAUAGUAUGAGCAAUACUGAUAAUAUAGCAUUGGAAAGUGACAAUGUUUUAGCAUCAGUUGAUAAAGUUAACAUGGCAAAAGACUUAAACAUUCAAGUUGAAGAUUUGGUUGAAGAGGCUUCAAAUAAGUUGAAAGUUUCUGUUCAAGAUGGUCUCGGUUUUGAGCAGUUGAAUGUGCCUAGUGAAUGUGAUAAGAAUACCCUGGUAGAUAACAAGUUUGACUCUAAUUCAGAAUCUCAAUCAAUCUGUAAUGACGUGACUCAUUCGAUCGAAGGUUCAAAUGCUUCUUUUAAUUGUUGUGAAGUAUCUGAAUUGACACCAUCAAAAGCAGAUUAUCCUUCACGUUUACAGCGCCCUACCACUCUUAAUAUUCCUUCUCGUAAUAAUGCUUCUGAAGUGAAUGAGGAAACUAAUUCAUAUCAGUCUGAUACUUUCAAUCCAGAUGUGGAUCCACUAUCCGGAGCAAACUCUGUAACUGUAGAACAAAAUCAGAUUGGAAAAGUAAAACCAUUUUGGAUACCUGAUUCAGCAGCUCCAAAUUGCAUGCAUUGUGGAAUGAAAUUUACUGUGCUAAAAAGAAGGCAUCAUUGUAGAGCUUGUGGAAAGGUUUUAUGCUCUCGAUGCUGUAAUCUAAGAGCCCAUCUUGCAUACCUUAACAAAGAAGACAGAAUUUGUCAACAAUGCUGGGAAAUUAUAUUUUCAACUCCAACAAUUGACAGUGCUUCAAUGUCUGGUGUGGAUUCUCAAAGCUCCAGCUCUUGUGGAAGCAGUCCUAAUUUUCCCUCUUCACCACAAGUCUCAAAUUCUAACUUGAGUGAUAAAAAUAUAUGGAGGCCACAUCCAAAUAAUCCUGAUGAUUAUUGUUCUACUAUUCCACCUUUACAACAAAUUCAGCUAUCUGGACAGAAACCACCACCAACAGUCAUGGUGCCCAUUGGCGUACUCAAACGAGGAAAUAAACCUCGUAGAGAACCUAAGCAAGUUAUCUUCUCUGAUGGUAUUCGACCAGGUGGUGAUUUGACAGAUUUAACUGAAUCUGCUGAAGUUGUACCUGCUUAUCGUCGCAUGGGUAGAAAAAGAGUGGAUAAAUUUUUCUUUGGGGAAUCUGCAGCAUCUGAUCUUUCCCCAAUAUCUCAUCUAAGAAAUAAGCAAAGAAAAAUUAUUGUCACUGAUGCUGAAGGAUCUUUGCCUGCUAUAUUCUUGCCACAAGAUUGUGCUGCUGAUCAGACUUUUGAAUGGCCACAAAUAUUUGAGAGACUUCAAGAUGAGGAUAAAAAACCUGUUAAUUUUGCUCUUAUGAAAAACAUGCAUUUAUUUGUGAAACUGAUAAAAUUGGAUUGUUGUUUUGGAAAAGAGUGCUGGUGCUUUACUAGUCAUGGACUUUGUACCGUUGGACAAGAUGAAGUCAUGGUUAUAUUAGAAAGGCUGCCUGAAGAAAAAGUUGUACCUAGGGGAAUCCUCAAAUUGUUUUCCUAUAUUUAUGAUAGUGCAAGUAAAGGCUGUACAUUUGAUGACUUAGGUCACGUUAUUUUUCCUGAACCUAUUUUGGGAAGCAAUGAUCACAGAGGUUUUCUUUUUGUCCGUCCAACCUUUCAAUGUUUGAGCAAGCUCAUUGUGCCAAAUACACCAUUUUUAGUUGCUAUUCUAAUUCAUAAGUGGGAAGUUCCUUGGGCGAAGGUUUUUCCUCUUCGUUUGAUGCUACGACUUGGUGCUGAAUGUAGAUAUUAUCCAUGUUCUUUAGUAAGUGUACGUUACCGCAAACCUGUGUAUUUUGAAAUUGGGCAGACUAUAAUGAGUGUAUUAGCAGAUCUUCGAAAUUAUCAGUUUACUGUUCCUGUUAUUCCUGGACUUGUUGUGCAUAUGGAAGAAAAAAAAACUUGUGUUAACAUUCCACGAAACCGGUAUGAAAAGGUUAUGAAAGUACUCAACAGUAAUAAUGUGGAACAUGUCCUUGCACUGGGAUCUAAUUUUAGUACAAAAGCUGAUUCCCAUUUGGUUUGCAUGCAGAAGGAAGAAGGAGACUACCAAACUCAAGCUAUCAAUAUUGAAAACACUACGCGUAGAGUUACAGGUGCAAGCUUUAUAGUCUUCAGUGGUGCAUUGAAAAGUUCAUCAGGAUUGUCUGCUAAAUUUAGUAUAGUUGAAGAUGGUUUGCUUGUACAAAUCCCUCAAGAAACUAUGGUAGUUCUGCACAUGGCCCUCAGAGAUAUGAGAGACCUGACAAUUAACUGUGGACAAAUUAACGCAAAUGAACCAGAAGAAGUUGUUAUGAUUCAGUGGACACGAGAUGACAAAAAAUUCAAUAUUGGUGUUCGAAGUCCCAUUGAUGGUCGAAGUUUAGAAGGAGUUCCAAAUCUAAGAAUUCACACUUCAACAGAUUAUGCUGGAGAAAACUUUUUAAUUCGCUGGACAGAAGUAUUUUUCCUUGAUGUUGAUGAAGCUGGGAAUAAUUUUCAAAAUGAAUUAGUUGAUCCCUGCAGAUUGGCUGAAACCAUUGCUCAGUCAUGUUGUAUGGCACUAACACCUUUUCUUGACAAACUAGCUGAAGGUGAACUGACAAAAAUUGGUUUAAGAGUUACUUUAGAUACAGAAAGAGACAAAGUUGAGUAUGACAUUGGAGCAAGAUGUAAGCCUCUGCCAGCUGCAUACAUGAAUGCAUUAGAUACUGGACUGAUCCCUGUUAUAUUACGACUAUCAGGUUCAACUCAAAAUGAACCAGUUGCUUUUGAGCUUAUAUUCCACAUAUUGAUCAAAUAACUGGAAAGAAUUACGAAUGAAUUUGAUCUUCUGUGUGAGUCCAUAGAUUGUACAGUCUUGUGCAGUUGUUUCUAUGAAAAACUUUUUCUAACUUAUAGUCAUACUUUAGAAAUGUGUACAGUACUGGGGAGGGGAAAAAACACUUUCUGGUUCUCCAUCAUACAUGCUAGAAAAAGAAUAGUUUUUGAAAUAAAAUUUUGAAAAGUAGCUGUAAUCAAUUUAAGUAGAAAAAACUCAAAAAUUCAGGUCAGAUUCCCUACUUUUGAUGUCAGAGGUAAAUUCAGUGCUAAAAUCAGCCAUAAUAUUGAAUUAAAUUGCAUUUUGACUGUUAAAACAGAUAUUCACGAAAAGACCAUCACUAUUUUUAACAUAGUUUACAGGUCUAUGUAGGUGAAGUUAAAAAAAAAAGUUGAUGUGUUUACUGAGCAAGACCAAUUUCUUUUAAUUCAAUUUAACAUAUAAGCUUUUACUAACUCUUUGUGCUGUGGGGGUUUGGGGGGAAUUCUUAUCUUUAAGAAAAAUAGAAUUAUGCAUUCAGCAAUGGUAUUUUAUCCUCUAAACAGAAGGAUAAGGUAUAUUUUAGCUUCGUAAAAAAAUCUAUUGAAUAUAUUUAGCUGAAAAUUUGGAUAUUCAUACAAAAGCUCUUCAAAAUUAGUUUUCAUCAAAAUGUGAUAUCAUUUCAGAUCAAUGUUUUUUUAAAUGCUUAUAAAUAUUCAUACCAAAGUUCAUACUAGUUUCUUCAACCACUUGAAACAUAUCUUUACUGUUGGUAUGUUCAUUGUUUUAUACUGGAAAAAAUGUUGUGACACAAGAAAUUAGAUAAUAUUAUCAAAAAUGUCAAAAAAAUCUAAACAUAUAAGUCUGCGAUAAUAAAUCGAUUGUAAAUAUUCUUCAAAUAAAGUAAGUGUACAGUUCUUCCCCUUAGUACUGAACAUAUAUAAAGUGUAUAAAUACUAUAUAUAUAUAAAUAUAUGUAUGUAAGAUUACAUAUAUUUCCAAAAGAUGUAUGUUUUGCACACAAAUAUGUCUUACUGAAGAUGGUUUAAUGAACUGUGCUGUUUUUCAAGCCAAUUUGAAGAAUCAAAUAACGUCAAUUAUGGCUUUAAAUUUUUGAAAACUGCAAUGACAGUAAAUAUAAUUCAACGAUGGGAUAUUAACUCCCGAAAAGUGAGUUAAUAAUAUCUGCCCUAGUCAAUAGAGGAAUUUAUUGUAUGUUUUUAGUUUUAAUAUUUGUUUUAGAUUUCAGAGUUAUUUAUCUUAGCUGAAAUGUCUUUUUUGUGUUGACUAACAUUCCACUUCAAUGGAAAAAUGUAUGUCCUAUUUUUUUAAAAUACAUUUUACUUUUUUUUUUAAUUCUAUAUAAAAAUAUUUUUGAAAACCUGUCUAUAACAUUCAUCAGUAUCAUGAUUCAAAUUUUAAGCAUGCUGAAUCUGC